GGUUGUUGGGCUGGAGAAUUCGCGACGAUGGCGACGACGGCUCGGUGCUGGAAAGGGACGCAGUGAAGCUGGCCUCGGCUCGGAUAUGACUAAUGUUUAUUUGAUCGAGGUUUUUUUGCUGCUUAGUAAUUGCACGGGCUUCGGAUGAAUCUUUGGCUGCUAACUUCUCAGCGCUCCUUUCCCUGAUUUCCAUGUCUUACUUGUGAGAGUUUCCAAACAGGAUCAUCAGGACCGCUCAUCGUCCGUUACUGAUUGUCUGUGACUGGUCCAGGCCGGAGUUCCUCGUUGGGUGACCCACACUCCUUCACAGGGGCCAUGGAGGAGGAGGGGCAGCAGAGCUUGGAGUGUAUCCAGGCCAAUCAGAUCUUCCCCAAGAAGUCCCCCGUCCUAGAGGAGGAAAACAUGCAGGUGCCCUUUCCUGAGCUGCACGGGGAGUUCACAGAGUUAAUUGUGGGGAGAGCAGAGGACGCCAUCAUCGCAACGUCCAACUACCGCCUACACAUCAAGUUCAAAGAGUCUGUUGUCAACAGUUGUUGUUGUGAGGUGUCAGUUCCUCUUCAGCUCAUAGAGUGCGUCGAGUGUCGGGAUAUGUUUCAGCUUCAUGUCACCUGUAAGGACUGCAAAGUUGUCAGGCUUUGCCCCAGCUAUCCUCAGCAGCUCUUGGUGCCAGCCUGGAUCACUGACAAGGAGUUGGAAAAUGUCGCAGCCUUCCGCUCCUGGAAGAGGUUUCCCGCUGUGGUUUAUAGGCACCAGACCACAGGGGCUGUGAUUGCCCGCUGCGGCCAGCCAGAGGUCAGCUGGUGGGGCUGGAGGAACGCCGAUGACGAGCACCUUGUCCAGUCCAUCGCCAAGGCCUGCGCCGUGGACAGCAGCUCCCGCAAACACCUUUCCAACGGCAGCUACACCAAUGGCUCCGACCUGCCUGAUACUGACUUUGAAUCCUCAAUGACUAACAGCUCAGAGGUGGAGACGUUGGCCAUCCAGCCCCACAAGUUACUGAUCCUUGACGCCAGGUCCUACGCUGCUGCUGUAGCUAACAGGGCCAAGGGGGGAGGCUGCGAAUGCCCAGAGUACUAUCCCAACUGUGAGGUGGUGUUUAUGGGUAUGGCCAACAUCCACUCCAUCCGCAAGAGUUUCCAGUCUCUGCGUUUCCUCUGCACUCAGAUGCCUGAUCCAGCCAACUGGCUUUCUGCACUGGAGAGCACCAAGUGGCUGCAGCAUCUGUCUCUGCUGCUGAAGGCGGCACUGCUAGUGGUCAACGCUGUGGACCGAGACCACAGGCCCGUCCUGGUGCACUGCUCUGACGGCUGGGACCGCACACCUCAGAUUGUUGCUUUGUCCAAGCUGCUGCUGGACCCUUACUACCGCACUAUUGAGGGCUUCCAGGUUUUGGUGGAGACUGAGUGGCUGGACUUUGGCCAUAAGUUUGCUGACCGAUGCGGCCAUGGAGAAAACUCUGAGGACCUGAACGAACGCUGCCCAGUCUUUCUGCAGUGGCUCGACUGUGUUCACCAACUGCAGAGGCAGUUCCCAUGCUCCUUUGAGUUUAAUGAGGCCUUCCUGGUGAAACUGGUGCAGCACACCUACUCCUGUCUGUUCGGCACCUUCCUGUGCAACAGUGGUAAGGAGAGGGAGGACCGCCACGUUCAGGAGAGGACCUGCUCAGUGUGGUCGCUGCUGAGACCGGCCAACCGCACACUGAGGAACAUGCUCUACUCAUCCCACUCCGAGACUGUUCUGCACCCAGUGUGUCACGUACGCAACCUGAUGCUGUGGACGGCUGUCUACCUGCCCAGCUCCUCCCCCACCACCCCCUCUGAUGACUCCUGUGCCCCCUAUCCUGUGCCUGGUGGCAAUCCUGAGGACACGCCCCUGGCCAGACGUACAAAGACUCGUUCCUUCGAUAACUUGCCCAGUGCAUGUGAGCUGGGAAGCGCAUUGGCUCCUAACCGCCGCUCCAGUGACCCGAGCCUCAAUGAGAAAUGGCAGGACCACCGGCGCUCUCUGGAGCUCAACAUGGCAGUGGGGCCCGAAGGAGGGGGCAACCAGGAUCAGGAGGUGCGGCCUAACGGAGUGGGGCCUUACCCAGACGGAGCGGACUCUGAGCUGGACGACAGCCCGCAGCCCCAGGGCUCACACGCUGAGCUCGGACAGGGGACCUCUGUGAGCCCAGCAGAAACAGGAGAGGAAGUAGAGGAGGCGGAGCUCUCUGUUGCUGUGGGCAUGGCCGAGGGCCAGAUGGAGAACAUCCUUCAGGAGGCCACUAAGGAGGAGGCAGGAGCAGAUGUUCAGAAAGAGGGAAGUGCUGCUGUCACACAUGUCAAUAACACUGUUGACACAGAGGUGGAGAAAGAAGCAAACGUUGAGAAGGAUGAUCAGUGUGCUAAGGUCAAUGGGACUGAGACCCAGAGAGAAGCAUUUGCCAAUGGUCACCAUCCAGAAGAUGGCGUAAUGGAGACGGAGGAGGUGGAUGGUGAGUCUCCCCCUCUCCCCACACAGAAGGCAGAGGAGCUGAAUCAACAGUCAGCUGAGGUGACUCAGACACCAGAGGAUCUGGUGAAGCAGGAUGUAGAGAACUCUUCUAUACAAGAGGAGCUUGCACAUGGGCCAAGUGAGUCUGGCUCAGGUGAGCCAGAGCAGCCUGAGGCCCACAGAACUAUAACUAACGGCUUUGUGGACAGCUCACCUGAAGAGCCAGGUGUAGAUGAGGAGACCUGCCCUGACUCUGAGUCUGACCAUGGUGUCUCAGAGCCGGGGGAGCAGUUGGAUAAGAGGGCCUCACUGAUGGAAAGCUCUACAGAGACUUUAACUGAAGAGGCCUGCGGCAGGUUGGAGCUACCAGCUCAGCCGCCUGUUUGUCCAAGUCGUCAGCCCUGCAGUGACGACAGGAGCCAACUGCCCUGCUCCAGGAAAGAGAAAGCACUGGAGACAGGCGAGCAUGGCUUUAUCAGAACUUUAAACGGAGGCAGCAAGCGAGCCUCUGUCAGUGCCUUUCAGUCUGUGAGUGCUGACCUCAGCAGGGAUGGGCUGUGUAACGGCGACAGCUCAGAGGCAGAGCCCUGUGGAGGACCUCACUGGGCAAAAGGGAACGGGGAGAAGGCCCCUCUUAGUCGACAGGUAUCCCUAGCAAGCUGCAACUCCCUGAUCCUCUAUCCGAGGGGCAGCUGCUCCCAGCACCGCUGGUGCCAUGCCCUGCUAAGCCGGGCCGCCAUCAGCCCGGAGCAGCCGUCCCGCAGCCAUCUGGACGACGAUGGGCUGACGCUGCACACAGAUGCCAUCCAGCAGAGGUUGAGGCAGAUCGAGGCGGGACACCAGAUGGAGGUGGAGACGCUGAAGAAGCAGGUGCAGGAGCUAUGGAGCCGCUUGGAGAAUCAGCAUCACGCCGGCUCCCACAGGAUCAACGGAGACAUGGGAGACGAAGUGACCUCAAUGACAGACUCUGAGUACAACCUGGACCCCAACUGUUUGUCGCGCUGCAGCACAGAGCUCUUCUCUGAGGCCAGCUGGGAGCAGGUGGACAAGCAGGACACUGAGGUGACUCGCUGGUACCCAGACCAUUUGGCAGCCCAGUGUUACGGCUGUGAGAGCAGGUUCUGGCUCGCCACCAGGAAACAUCACUGCAGUGGCAGGGAGCCUGUCCAGGAGGUCUGGAACUGCGGUAACGUGUUCUGUGCCAGCUGCUGUGACCAGAAGAUCCCAGUGCCAAGCCAGCAGUUGUUCGAGCCCAGCCGCGUCUGUAAGACCUGCUACAGCAGCCUCCAGCUCAGCCCGGCCCCCCUGGACAUGGAGCUGGAGAAACCCAUUACGGCCAGCUCCAACUGAGUUUCAGAGGACCGGGACAGGACGGGGAGUCUGGCUGAGCCACCAGCUGCUGACACCGGCGCACUGCUGAAGAGCACAGGAGCUACACAGAAUGUCCCAUGUACUUUAUGUGUGUGUGUGUGCUGCAGAUAUGGAAUUUAAUGUGUAUAUACAGAGGAUGACGUGGCAGAGGAGCUGAAUGACGUGAUGCCGAGCGCUCUGAACGGUGGGUGUGCACAGGGGUGGGGGGGUGCGAGAGGAAAUCACACGCUCGCCACACAGGAGGGUUUGUGGCAGUGACGGGACUGCACUCCGAGGCCAGAGGAGUGAGAAUGGACAUCCUGGUGCCUUGGACCAGGCAGGCAGAGAAGGUCGUCUCACUGUGUCGCUGAAGUCUCUUGGAGGGCUUUGGUCCAUUGAAUCAUUUCCCCGCCUAUCCACGCUUUUCAUCAGACUUCUGCGUACCAUCAUGAUCAUCUCCCAGCCUGGACUUGAUCUUUUUCUCUGGAGGGUGUUAGAUCGGGAUGUGGAAAAAUGUCCUGGCAAUCAUGAGCUUUAGAAAUGAGUGGAUAGCUGAUGCUCACAAAGGGAAAAGCUUAAAUGGUCAGUUCACCCACAUUACCAAAAAAGGUUUCCUCACAUACCACUAGCGUUAUCUAACCAUGCAUCUAAAUGUCAUUGUAUUUGCCCUAAGGUUGCCACCACCCCAAUCCAGUGGAGGGAAUUGAAUAAGGUCAAUUAUGCAACUAAUUUCAUUAUCAAUAAAUCUGCAAAUCAUUUUAUCAAUUAAAGUCAUAUUUUUUCUGUAACAUUUGGCCAUUAUGUCUCUCUCACAUGUUCAGACCAGAAGUAAUUCAGUUUAAUAACAUACAUAUGAUAACAAAAAGUAGCAUUUUACAUAUUUGGGAAGCUGGAACCAGAGUGUUUGGCAUUUUUCCUUGAAAUGACAUAAUUUGUGUAAUUUGAUUAUUCUAUUAUAUAAUAACUUGUUUGUUGCUCACAGCACUGAAAGAUGACCUUUCAAGUGCUGCUCCAAUCAUUUAGUGUUGCCUUCUGUAUAGUUAGGGGACCGAUUUAUCCAGACUUUUAUCCCCUAGUAGGGUUAAGCUCCAAAAACGCCGGGUUUCCCAUAAUGCAACACAAUAGUGUCUUUAAAUAAGAUCCUUCCUGCCUGGUAAACACCCACAUCUUUCUAACUCCACACAGGCUGUCCACACUUGCUAAAGCUCGUCCGGAGCCACAGAACACGACACCUCAUUUUCAUCAACAUUUUCACAGCAGUCCUCCUCUUAAACAGUGAACUGGUCGUUAUGUGUCCCCAACACUCUGGUUAAUCCACACUUUUGUAAUUUGGGUGAACUGACCCUUUAACAUGCUCUGGGCUGAAUCUCAACUAUUUGCUUGCUUUUGUUUUAAUGAGUUAUUAUCAGCUUUUCACACAGAAUGGCACAAAGGUGUGUGACAUUUAAAUGCUAAAUAGAUUUGAAGGAUUUCAUUUUGGCGUGCAGCUGUGUCUGCGGCAGCGUUGACUUGGUGUUGAACGUGUUGAGAGUCAGCCCAGAGUGCAGACAGGAUGUACCUGAAGGUUAAAGAUUUUUUUUAACUUUUUAACAAAAAUGCUGUUGGGAUUUUCAAGUAGUUUUUUUUUUUUCUCUCAGAGUACUUAGUUACUUCAUUUGAAUCCUUAUGUUGACCACAGUGAGGAGAGUAAAUCAUUCUCACCCCUGUGAGUCUUACAACAGGACUAGUUAGUGAUCCAUAGAAAAGCCUUUAGAACGUGCAACCCUUCAACAGCUGAUGGCUGCCCGGCUCUUCCACGCUGAUAGACUGUUAUUAACCGCAAUGUCUGCUGGGAGUGUAAACUGAUGUGUUGUUAGUCUGUGUCAGACACACACUGACUGACUUCAAUCUCUCCUGUUAGCCAUACCUUCAUGCCCUUCACUCACAGCAGCCCCCCUUUUUUUAUUCUUUUUACCCAGCAGGCUCUGGGAGCUGGACGUCUCGCUCACUUUUCAGUGCUUCAGUGGAAAUCACAAGUGAAGUUGUGAAUUUGGCACGUUUAAACUUCCGUGUUCAAAUUCUAAAGCAACAUAUUUUCUAUUUCUUUUUUCUUUUGAGGCAGUGGUUGACAGUGACCUCACUUGUAAUCUCCACUUCGAUUGACUGAAACAUGGAGGAGAGCAGCGGCAGCAGAAAGGGCUCUUGGUGUUUUCAAAAGUCUGUAACUCCACCCACGACAUUAUGUCAGAGAAGCUUCACUGAGACGCCCACUCUGCCUAACACCCAUUCUAUGACCUUCUUGCACACACACACACUUUUUGUAAAAUAAAUGAAUAAAAUAAUAUAUUCAGAUACCUAUAUAGCAUCUAAGAAAAAUGUAUAGAAUCCUUGAAUAGUGGCUCACUUAAUUAGUCACCAAUUUUUUUUUUUUUUAAUUUCUUUGUUUUCUUAUGUUAUUAAUUGCAGAAAAAUAAGUAUAUUUUGCAACCUGUUGAAGGUAACAGGUGUGUUUUUUUUUAAAUAGAGAAGCAGGGUGUCCUGUUUUGAUGCUGCAGUGGUUUUCCCUUUUCAAUGCGACCAUUACUUUGAUUUAAUUUAUUCAGGUUUUGUUGUUCAAUUGCUGUUUAAAAUCCAGACAAUUUAAUUGCCACAGGAUAAUCAGUGUUUUAUGAGAUGGGAAAUGAAAGAUGGUUCUGACCUGUGGCUACAGUGACGCUCGUCAAUUUUGUUCGGUAUCAGCCAAUCACAGCAGGUUUUGUGGAUUUAUCAAUUUCCAGAUUAUGAGGAGGAAGCGGGUGAAGUCGAAGGUGUCGCAUGGCACCAAGAGGUCACACACUUGACGGUCACAUGUUAAAAUGGAAAAACGAGCGUGUCUGUAGCCAUUAAGACGUCUAUGCACUGAGAACAGUGGUCCAAAACAAGCAGCCUGAACCCAAAAUAACACCCCCCCCCCCAAUCUCACACACACAAACAUUACUCCAUUCAAACCCAUCUACAAGCACUACCUCUACUUUGUACACACACUCGUUCAUGCGCACACACACAUUCAGAGCUUGUAGUUGCUGAGUGACGCUCGCUUUCCAGAUUCACACCAUCGAGAAUGGCCUUUUUAUUGAAAAUCUGUGGUUUUCUCUGUUGGUGCAUUAAAGGUACAGCACACCACCGCAGACUUUCACUUUAAUGAUGAUCUUAUCACCGAGACUGCCAAUCUUAUUAUUCCUCAUCUCUCAGCUCGUCACGUCAGCAGAGGGCCCACAUGUGCUUCAUUUAGCAGCAAGCCAGAUGGUCACUGUGGUUCGCCACAAAGGAUGACAAAGUUUUGACUAUCAGAGGAAAUGCAUAAAUGUAAGUGUGUGACUGAUUGAAACCCUGAUACUAUUUAAUUAUACUGGAGCUGUAUUGCUGAUCUUAUGUUUCUGACAUCUCCUGUUGGAUUUCAGUCCAGCAGAUGAUUGCAGUGUGCAGUGGCGCCGCUGUUUAAGGCGGCCAGAAUAACAACAGGCUUGAAGUGUUUGUUUCUCUCACUGUGGAAGUGGUGAACGCGUUUAAUUCAACCGCUCGACCUUCGCUCUUUCAAAUCGAGUAGAAUACUAGGGAUUUGUUUACCCCUCGUGGAUGAGAUGCUGCCAUUACCGUCAGCGUAAUAUUUACAAAAACACGUGUUGCCGUGGAAACAAGAGUGGCGGUCUUUGCAUUUAAUCGAGAUGGUACUUCUGCAUUAAAUGUGCAGCAAAUUCAAAUUUUGGCUUGACCCUGAGUUGCCUCUGUUUUCUCUCCACCUGCAGAGAUAAAGUGGAAAACUGAUCUGCAGCCAGAAUAUCUUAGACUGUUCCCUUUAUAACGCUGAUGUGAAGCUGGCCUGUAAUCGUAGAUCGGUGCUCCUAUUAACAAAUGAUUUACUCCAAGGCUUCACACUCCUCCCAAAAUGAUGUCUAUGUCCUAAAUGUUGAAAAUGUUUGCCAACACGUCAUAAUUCAUGAUCUCUUAAAUACGGACUAUCGUAUGUCAACAAAGGACUUGAUUUGAAAAAGGUGGCUCAAUGAGGUGUCCACUUAUCAGCCCAGUGUGAGUCCUUUCACUUUCCUCACAGACACACUGAUAGCUGGCAGCAUGAAUCCUUUCUCUGUAUUUUCACCACUUCACAGGCAUGUGGGGCACCAAGCUUGUCUUGUUCAACAAUCCAUGAAUGUGAAUUGUUUAAAGAAAGAAAAAAAAAAAAAAGGCUAUUUUUUGCACAUGACAUUAAGUAGACACUGCCACAGAGUGCAUCAAAAUAAAGCUGAAAGUGUGCUAUGCUUUUCAGUAUUGCACCGAGCAUUAUGGUUGGUGGUUGUAUGUGUGUGGGAGGGUUGGGUAACGUGGUGAACAGGUCGUCAGCUAACACACACACACACACACACACAAGAUGCCAGGCUGAUCCUUUGCUGUGCUUUUUUUUUUUCCCCCUCCCAAGAAGUUCUGUUGGUCUGCAUAUGUUGUAUUUCUCUCCACUCACGCUGACGUGCUCUUUCAGAGGCGUCACUGCAACGGCCCAGUAAUCACUUGACGUGAGUGUGUACGUGUGAAUGGAUUGAGUGUGACUGCGUGUGUGUGUGUGUCUCUUUUGGUGGAGACUGGUGCCAAGCAGUUUUAUUACGGGUCUCUCACAAAGGGAUCACUCGUGCUUUUGUUUGAUUUUCCUCCUUUUUCCCCUUCUGUUUGAUAAGCACUUUGAACCUUCUCAUGUCUGUCAGAGGAGUGUGUAGCUGUACAUAGCAAUUUCCUGUAACAACAAGUGCUCCUUGUUCAGUCUGAAUAUUUUGUUUUGUUGGAUUUACUUUAAAGAGCAUUACAUUGUUGUAGAGUUAAAGGAAAAAUAAACUAGAUAAACCUAC